AUGCGAUACAAAAUAUUCAAGGAGAAUGUAGAGUACAUCGAGACUUUUAACAAAAUAGGGACUCGGUCUUACAAGCUUGGCAUCAAUCAAUUUGCUGAUUUGACUAACAAGGAGCUUCAGGCAUCUCGUGAUGGGUACCAGAUGUUCUCUUACCAAAAGUCACCUAAAGCGUCAUCAUUUAGGUAUGAAAAUGUGACAGCAGUUCCAUCAAGCAUGGACUGGAGAAAGAAGGGAGUUGUUACUGGUGUUAAGGACAAAGGCCAAUAUGAUGGCACAUGCAAUACCUCCCAGGCUGCCAAGAUUACAGGAUACCAGGAUGUUCUAGCCAAUAGCGAGUCAGCACUACUUAAAGCCUUGGCUAAGCAACCAAUAUCUGUUGCCAUUGAUGCUAGUGGAUCUGACUUCCAAUUCUAUUCGAGUGUUAUCUUCACUAGAGAAUGCGGGACUGAUCUAGACCAUGGCUUUACAACAGUCGGUUAUGGAACAGGUAGUGACGUUACCAAGUAUUGGUUAGUUAAGAAUUCAUGGGGAACAAGCUGGGGUGAGAAUGGAUACAUUAGAAUGCAAAGGGGCAUUGAUGCUGAAGAAGGCCUAUGUGGUAUUGUCAUGCAAGCUUCUUAUCCGAUUGCUUAA